AUGUGGACCCUUUUCAGACAAUUGGACAAUCAUCAACUCGAAUAUGGACGAGGAAGUGAUUGGGUGGAAACAACCGGGAAAAGACAACAACUACAACAACAAAUUGGUGCAACAGGGCAACCGAGGAACACUGUGGUACAGGGACCCGUCGAUGUCGAUGCGGGGAGGGUGCUGGUUGGAAUCGGAAGAGCCGUUUUGGCGAGACUCAUCUUCAUCGUUCACUCGGUGGUCACUAUUUGGACAACCGUGCAUGUACAAGAGAGUGAAUCGGUGUGGAUCUUUGCGCUGAUCGCAUUGCUGAUCAUCUUUGAGGGAUCCUAUGCGAUUAUUAUGAGAGCCGGUGAUGAGAGAAAGUGGUUCUGUGCGUCAGUGCUGUUGUACGUGUUGGCGACGGCGCCACCGAUUUGGCUUCUUGAGAUGAAAUUGUGUGAAUGGAGAAGAGAAAGAGCGAAUGGAAUACAAUCGAAAAUACCCAUUGCUGAUGCCGAUGAUGAGUUACGCUUGCAACUUCUCGAGCAAUUGAUGCUUGUCGUGUUGAUCAUUGGGAGAUGGUUACUCCCAAAGGGUGACAUCAGUCGGGAACAACUCAGCCAGAUUUUACUCGCCUAUUUGGCAAUCUCAUCAGACAUCGUCGAAUUCUUUGAUGUUUUCAAGGAAAAGGAGGUUUUCACGAGUCAACCCGUUCAAGUGAUGGUGUUGAUCGCGUGGACGCUUUCCCUCAUCCAAUUCCCAUUCGUUUUGACGGUGUCGAGAGCGCGAAAGAUGCGCGUCGCCAUCACGCAAACUAGCGACGAGAUCGAGAUUCCCGAAAAUCCCGAUAUGUCUAAUAUAUGCAGCGAUGUGGACAUUUGGGCGAUCGUGUUGGCUAACAGUUUGCAGGACAUUCCAUUCCUUUUGGUUCGUCUCUAUUUGAUGUUCGACCGAGGUCUUUACACCUAUACAAUGUUGUUUUUCACUUGCAAGAACGCGCUGAUCAUCGCUUUGCAAACCUAUCGAGCGUUUGUGCUCAUCAACGAUCGCUACGUUCAUCCGCAAAAGUUGAAACAAGAGGCGAAUAAGGCGCGGCGGCAACAACAGCGCUCAAAAUCGUCGCCGAAACGGAGACGCACAAAAAGAGAGUUUCAACGAAGCGAAGAAAUGGAGCAUUUAUGUGCGGUGAAUGAGCCCGAAGAGGAGAGAAGUCCGAAAAGGGAAACGAGAAGGGAAAUCGUUGAAGAGCAACGGGAAAGAAAAAGACGCGCAUUCGAUAAUGAACAAGCAAUGAAAACAACAAAAAGUCGAAAGGGGGAAAGAGAAAGAUUGGACACGCAUGACUACGAUCGAAAUGAUAACGAUCGAAAGAGGAGAAGUGAGAGCAACAGAAAAAGAAAUCACGAAAAAGAUCGCCGUAGUCGAAGCGGUUCGAGGAUCAGUCCACCACAAAACAUUAAAGGAGAGCGAAGUAAACAAGCCGUGAAACGCAGCAGCUCGGCCGGCGAUCGGGCACAUCGGUUACGG